UUCAAUCUCGACUCGUUUCCUACUCUUAUUUCUGCGGUGCUGUUCGAUGCAACGAGCGGGUUCGCAGGUCGCCUAUUUCCAUCGUAAACGAAGCUGCUGGCUCGCUGUUUCUUGGGACGCUGCCAGUGAUUUGUCGCCUGUCGAUUCUCAACAAUCGGAAGCGGAUUCUGCAGCGCGCGUAGGUUUUCGGUUCGACCCCCCAGGAUGGGAUCUGCGCAACUGGAGUUCUUCGGAUCCUUAUUAUUGGUGGAAUUUUUUGACUAUUGAUGCAUAAGACCGACGGGCUGAGGGCAGACGCGCAUGGCGCUUAUUGUAGGGGGAUCUUUCUCAGUUUCACUUUAGGGGCGGGCGAUAGGGAAGGGCUUGAGAAAAGCCAGCAGAAACGUAGUCGCAUGGUUCUUAUGCUGGAAGUGGCAAGUUCAUGGUGUAGGCACAGAGCGCCUAGACUUUCAUAAGAUUAUGUGGAAGAGAUGGCUCGUUCUGCAGCCGCUUCUAGACGCGGAAAGCCCGUUUACACCUUACUUGCUGUAAUUUUCGGGAAGAAGGUUGUAGUCAAUGGUUCGUCUGCCACUGCCGAGAGUGCCGUGAAAGGUUCAUUUUAUCUUCUACCAAAUGUUAGCGGAUUUGAAAAUGAUGCAUUCUUGCUGCCCGGGAAGGAUAAAUCAGUUCCAACGAAAGGAGCGUUUUCUUAUCAAGGCUUCCCUGAUCUCGUAACAGGCGGCCAACUAGAGGUCAUUGUCCUUGAGUAUCCUUCGAAAGAGGAACUCAAGCAAAAAUUGGACAUUUUGCAUCCUGAAUUUGUAUCCUUUCACGGUGAACAUAUUCCUGGGAAGGAUGACGUUGGAGGAUUCGUAUUGGGAGAUUCCAAAAUCUCCUCACCUGAUGAUAUCUUGGGUCUCUUUGGAUCAAAGCUGCCUGAUCUGGUAUAUCUAGAAGUUCCUUCAGGAGAGAAACUCGGGCACGCCGUUCACUCUCUGGGUUGCAAACAUGUUAUAUAUUGGAAGAUUUCUUCUUUGACUUGCACUUUGGCCUUUCAUUUCCGACAAGGAUUGGUUGCUUCGCUGCAAAGUUCUGCAGCUGGAGGUUAUGAUGCGUAUCAUCUAGCGAAGGCGUGCUUCCAAGUGUUUUGUUGCCAGUCUAAACUGGAUGGACAGCAAGUCGUGAAAAACGGUUGGCCCCAACUCCUUGGAGAUGCUCCUCCGAAAGUUGAGCUUCCCCCUCCUGAGGUGUCAAGUGACGGGGGCGGCUCAAAAGCAACAGAGGCUGCAAUGUCAGCCAUCCAAAUUUUCGACGAUGAGAUAGAAGUUCGACUUCUCAUUUGUACAGAAAUAAGUAAGCCGGACGUGGCUUGGUUGGAGGCUAUGGAAGUUGGACUGAGCAGUUUGCUGACAAUUGAGGCCAGAGGUGUUCGGCUUCUCAACCGGAUCAGUGCUCCACCCCCUCCGAUGGCAGCAGCUCUAUUUGCCCGAGGAAUCGUAACUAUGCGCUGUGACAUUUGCACUGCCAGCUAUGCCCGUGUGCCACUUUUGGUUUCGGGUAGCGCACAGCUUUGUUUCGAUGACUUGCAAUUGGAGACUAGCAUCAAGAAGGAGCUCGUUGAGAGGACUCGCCUUGUACGUAUUAUGAAGAGCGCAGAGGAUAGAAAGGCAUCAAGUUUGAAUGCUGAACUGAGAAGAUCAGUUUCUGUGGCAUGUGGGGCCACAGUAUUCGAAUUACGAAUCAUUACACCUGCUUGGGCAGGCCAGGUUCUAAGGCAGCUCUCAGCUGAAUCAAGCUAUCGUAGUUUGGUUGCUCUCGGAGUUGCUGGAGUGGAAGGAGCAGCCGUUGCCGCAUUCAAACGGGAAGAUACCAUGCGGCUGGCUUCCACAAAAGUUGACAGGUCGAAGGAGACGGACGUUUCAAACAGCCUGACACAUCGGUCCAUGCCGUCGUGGUUAACGCCGCCUGUCCCAAGUCGGAAACGAAUCAAACUGUUCCAUUUUAGUAGUCACUGCUCCAAUGAUAGUUUGAGUGACGAAGAUGGUGCCUCCUCCUUCAAAGUUACAAAUGGAGAGGAGAGCAGUAGUAGCGGUGGUAACAGGUCUGAGACUCGGAAUUCCACAGGAGGAACUCCAGCGACAAGAUCCGACUCAAGAUAUACACUAGGGAGGACUAGCAAACAAAACUUGGCCCUAUUGGAGGCUAUGAAACCAGUUCCCCAUAGAGGGGGUCCAAGGGCCAAUCCUUACGCAGUUGUUGUUGCCACUGCUCAUGCUGGUUGGUCCAUGAAAGUGAAUAUGCCGAAUGGGGCAUCUGGCAAAGUUGGACGUCCUCAUUCUAGCUCGUUAGCAGGUCCGCUCAGUGCGUUACCCUCUUUGCCUGCUAUGACCGGUCAGACAGCAGCAAUUACUCCCUCUUCUCUGUUGUUAGCUGUAAAUGCUCCCCUCGUUAAGCCACAUGGAUGCAGUCGGCAGCCUAUCGACGAUUGCGCCGAGGAAGACUUUCUCGCCGACUUGAUAAAAUUUUUGGUCUCAAGAGGACAUGGGCGACUUAUUCCUCCUGCUGGCGCGGAGGCUUUUCCUGAAGUUAUUUUGAACGGAAAAAGACUAGAUUUGUACAACCUUUAUAGAGAAGUGGUAUCAAGAGGAGGCUUCCAUGUGGGCAAUGGAAUAAACUGGAAAGGCCAAGUGUUUUCCAAAAUGAGGAAUCAUACUUUAACGAACAAAAUGACCGGUGUGGGCAAUACUUUAAAGAAGCACUACGAAACAUAUCUUCUGGAAUACGAACUUGCACACAAUGAUGUCGACGGGGAGUGCUGUAUAUUAUGUCACAGUGGUGCCGCUGGUGACUGGGUCAACUGUGGAAUUUGUGGAGAAUGGGCGCAUUUUGGGUGCGACAAACGUACAGGCCUUGGAACAUUCAAGGAGUACUCCAAAACCGAUGGCUUGGAAUACAUUUGCCCGAGUUGUAGUACUGCAAAUGGAAGAGUAACGAAGCGGAAUAAGAUCCGGAGUUCGAGUGAUGGUUCUCCACCACAGACUGAAGUCGCCGUCUCUAAGGGUGUACCGAGAAGAACUUCAAGAUGAGACCGUCCAUCCCUGCAGUGCUUGUACUGGCACAUCGAGUUGAUUUUCUCGUCAUCUGGGGAAUAAGAUAUACGCUUGUGCUUUUAGCUGAAAUGCGGAGAAAGGUCUCAGUGGAGCAGAUAUUGUUUUCUGUCACCAUGGGAAUGAUGACAACUCACCUCUGCCACGCACUCAGACGCUUGAGCAUGAGUCUCCGAUAUGUCGCUUGUUCUUUUCCAAGCUCACGAAACCAGGAGGCCCCGCGAGUGUAAUUUUGUACAUCUGAAGUUAUACGAGUAGUUUUCUGAGGCUUUCUGGUAUCCACAGACCACUGUUAAAUUUGGGAUACGGGUGUGGAGAUGAGAGUUGCGGACCGACGGGAUCUAGAUGAUACUGGAUCAAAAUGUAAGAGAUUGAAGCGCCUUUUCGGGGUCUAUCUGUGGUCUACAUUUAGGAGGAAUCGAAAUGCGAGCCUAGAGUAGUUUCAGCUGUACUACUGAACCACUGUGGCAUUGUCGAGCUCCUUCAUUACCACACACUUGGGCCACGUGCUUGGCUUCAUCUGAAGUGUGUGCCCAGCCGCUGCUUUGUUGAACAUCGACGAGCGUAGAGCGCUUGGGCGCAGCUAAGCCUACCCCCAAUUCCUCCCCACGCCAUCCCCACCCGACCCAAACCCAGUCCCUCCUUCCUUCUGUUCUAUGACUACCAACAUAUGUGUUCUGUAACGGAACAUAAAUUUUGUAGGGAUCCGACUUAGAUCAUACUGCAAGCUUGGUUCAAUGCCUGGGCCGGUUGCUCACGUGUUUUCACACAACUGGAGCUCAGGGCCGUGGAAGCCUUUGUACGCACCUGAAUUAUGGUUGAUCACAUUGAGCAACCUUCUAUUAUGUAAACGUUCGUCCAUUGUAUCAAAAUCAAUUUCAACUU